AAUAUGCUAUUGGAGUAAUGACCAAGUAUAUGACUUGGAGUAGUGGCCAAGUAUAAGACUUGGAGUAGUGGCCAAGUAUAUGACUUGGAGUAGUGGCCAAGUAUAAGAUACUUUCCUUUAUUAUUGCUUAGUCUUGCCUAUAUAAAGGCCUCCUAUGUUAUUCUAGGAUUUAGGCUUUUCUCUUCUAUUGUUAGCCUCUAUUUCUUUGUAUCUUAUUCUUCUAUUCAAUCAAUGGUUUCGUAUAUUUCUAUUAAUAUUAUCAUGGUAUCAGAGCCAAAUUAUUCGUCUGGUUGUUAGUCUUUUCUACUCCUCCUUUGAGUUUGUCCUCUCUAAUUCGUUGAUUUAAUUUGUUAGUAUUCUGUUGAUUUCUUUUUAAUAUGGCUGAAAUUCGAGAUGAUUCGCUUCAAGCAGUUAGUGUUCAGUUAGAUGGUAAAAAUUAUGCAUAUUGGAGUUAUGUGAUGAAAAAUUUCUUGAAGGGUAAACAAAAGUGGGGUUAUAUUUCGGGUGAUUUUGUCAAGCCUGAGGAUGGCACAACUGCUGAUUAUGUGUCUCUGUUAGAUAAGUGGGAAGUUGCUAAUUCCAAAAUUAUUACUUGGAUCAAUAAUUCUGUUAAGCAUUCGAUGGGUACCCAGUUAGCAAAAUAUGAGACAGCUAAGGAGGUUUGGGAUCAUCUAUCUAGACUGUACACACAGUCUAACUUUGCAAAACAAUAUCAGUUGGAGUCUGAUAUUCGUGCUCUGCAGCAGAAAAGCAUGAGUAUUCAGGAAUUUUAUGAUGCUAUGACAGAUUUGUGGGAUCAACUGGCUCUCACAGAAUCUGCUGAAUUACGAGGCUUUGGGCCUUAUAUUGCACGAAGAGAGGAGCAGAGAUUGGUACAGUUCUUAAUGGCUCUUCGUGAUGAGUUUGAAGGACUUCGUGGGUCCAUUCUGCAUCGUCAUAAGCUGCCUUCUGUUGAUUCUGUUGUUAGUGAACUUUUGGCUGAGGAAAUUCGUCUUAAGCCUUCUGUUGUAAAGGAAGUUUCUACGGUCUCUACUCCAUCAGUCUUCGCCAUGCCUCCACGACCAAACUUUUAUCCUCAAGUCAGGCCGUAUGGAACUGUUGCUCGUGAUGAAUGUAGUUUUUGUAAACAGAAAGGUCAUUGGAAAUCACAAUGUCCAAAGUUGGGUAAAGGAAAGCAGCAAUAUACUCAGCAACAACCCCAUCAGCAGUCUCAGCAGUGGAGUUACCGACCACCAGCUCCUCAUAAUGGACCUCCUCUUCUUCCUCGUCCUCACAAUGCAUUGACGACUUCUUCUUUAGAUCCAUCAAUGGUUGAGCAGUUUCAACAGUUCCUUGCAUCUCAGUCACAUGCCAUGGCAGCUUCAUCUCAAAUAGGUUUGUCAUCUAGUUCGUCAGGAUCCAAAGUCUCAGGAAGUGAUUGGGACCGGCCAUAGGAAAGGAGGACUUUAUAUAUUGGAUCAGCUCAAAACUCCUAAGAUUGCGGCUGCUGUUCCUAGUGUGGAUGUUUUGUCUUUUCGUUUGAGUUAGUCUUCUUCUGUGUUUUAUUUGUGGCAUUCUCGCCUUGGUCAUGUCUCUAGAUCUCGAUUACAAUUUUUAGCGUCUACAGGAGUUUUAGGAGAUUUAAAAACUCAUGAUAUUUCUGAUU